UUUGUUAGCAGCUUGAAAAGUAUUAAAGAUUCAACUCCUGGACAAUUCAAAGUGUUGGCAGUGGAUAAACCAAUUGGCCAGAUCAAAGCUCCCAAAAUCGAAGAAAAUAAAAAGUUGGAAAAUUUGACUGUCAACCAGUUUUUCGACAAGGACAAGAAAAAAUUGGAAAGAGAAGACAUUAUGAAAGAAAUUAAAAAUAGUGAAAUAUAUGAUUUGCAUGUGUUUCGUAAAACCAAUGGGAAAAUCUUCAAGUCACCGAUAUCGUAUUUCAAAAGAGAAAAAGCUUUGUACUUUCCCAAUAUAUAUGGAGAGUCUCUCAGUAAUCAAGACGUUUGUACCACGAGUUUGUUGAAGGGUCAAAUAUCGAUAGUCAGGGUGUACUCUUCUGUAAUUGGAGACGAAGUAACACAAACGUAUUUUCGAUUUAUAAAUGAAAAUGAAAACUCCAAAAAUGACACAUUUCUAAAUAAAUCAACCUACGAAACUGUUUUCAAAAAUGAAUAUCCCAACUGUCAGAUUGUGGAUCUCAGUAUUUACAACUCGGCCCUAAAAAAGUUGCUCAUCAAUUUGAUAAACAAAAGGAUAAUUAAAAAAUCUCUACCAGAAGAAAGAUGGAACAAGUAUCUUUUAGUUAACAAGAAAAACUUUACGACGGCUAUUGCAGCAGAUCUUUGGUUGAAGAACUUUGUUACAGGAUACAUAUACUUGGUUGACGAUGAGUGCAAAAUCAGGUACGCAUGUUGUGGAAAUCCCAGCGAUGGAGAAUACAAAUCUCUUUGGAAAGCUGUCAAGGGAUUGGAAAACGAACUUGCU